UCCAUCCUCUUUGGUAAAACUUUUAUUGAAGUAGUGUUAAUUUUUUUCAUUGUUUCCGACGACAACUGGGCGUUUUAUAAGUGAUUUUUUGGAGAAAUUAGAGUAAUCGUCAUGGAGAAACCACAGAAAAUGCCCAAAGUGGCCAAGGUGAAAAAUAAAGCACCAGCAGAAAUCCAGAUCACAGCGGAGCAGUUGCUUCGGGAGGCAAAAGAGCGAGACCUUGAGAUUCUACCUCCACCACCAAAGCAAAAGAUAUCAGAUCCCCACGAGCUUGCAGACUAUCAGCAACGAAAGCGAAAAGCCUUUGAGGACAACAUCAGAAAGAACCGCAUGGUUCUCUCGAAUUGGUUUAAAUACGCCCACUGGGAAGAGACCCAAAAGCAGAUCGAUCGAGCACGAUCGAUUUACGAGCGUGCCCUAGACGUCGACCAUAGAAAUAUAACACUAUGGCUCAAGUACGCCGAGAUGGAGAUGAGAAAUCGUCAGGUGAAUCACGCACGAAACCUGUGGGAUCGAGCUGUCACCUUUCUUCCUCGCGCCAAUCAAUUCUGGUACAAGUAUACGUACAUGGAGGAGAUGCUGGAAAACAUUGCUGGUGCACGACAGGUGUUCGAAAGGUGGAUGGAGUGGGAGCCUGAUGAACAGGCGUGGCAGACAUACAUCAAUUUCGAGCUGAGGUACAAAGAGAUCGACAGAGCGAGGAGCAUCUACGAGAAAUUUGUCACUGUCCACCCUGAGGUUAAGCACUGGAUUAAGUAUGCCAGGUUCGAGGAGUCCCAUGGGUUCAUUAAUGGUGCCAGGAAGGUCUACGAGAGAGCUGUGUGGUUUUAUGGGGACGAGCACAUCGACGAGAAACUGUUCAUAGCAUUCGCUAAAUUUGAGGAGGGCCAGAAGGAGCACGAGAGAACAAGAGUCAUCUACAAGUACGCACUUGAUCGACUUCCCAAGGACAAAACCCAGGAAAUCUACAAAGCCUAUACUAUUCACGAGAAGAAGUACGGGGAUCGGUCUGGCAUUGAGGAUGUUAUCCUCAGCAAAAGGAAACACCAAUACGAACAGGAGGUCAGGGAAAAUCCAUCUAACUACGACGCCUGGUUCGACUUUCUCAAGCUACUCGAGUCUGAGAACUCCUUGAAUCAUGAAGAGAUCAGGGAGAUCUAUGAGAGAGCUAUUGCCAAUGUUCCACCCUCCAAGGACAAGGAGUUGUGGAGGAGGUACAUCUAUUUGUGGAUUAAUUAUGCCAUUUAUGAGGAACUCGAAACUGAGAAUUUGGAGAGGUGCAGAGAAGUAUACAAAGCUUGCUUGGAUUUGAUUCCUCAUAAACAUUUUACAUUCUCCAAGAUCUGGUUGCUCUAUGCCAAGUUCGAGAUUCGACAAAAGCACCUAGGAGUUGCCAGGAAAAACCUGGGGAUGGCACUUGGAAUCUGUCCCAGGGAUAAACUUUAUAGGGGGUAUAUCGAUUUAGAGAUUCAACUAAGAGAAUUUGACAGGUGUAGAAAACUAUACGAGAAAUUCCUGGAAUUCGGCCCCGAGAACUGCACGACCUGGAUGAAAUACGCAGAAUUAGAAACAUUGUUAGGGGAUAUCGAUCGUGCUAGAGGGAUUUAUGAACUAGCAAUAUCUCAGCCAACUCUGGACAUGCCUGAGGUUCUCUGGAAAGCGUACAUAGACUUCGAGAUAUCUCAGGAUGAACCCCAGAAUGCAAGGAAUUUGUUUGAGCAACUUUUGGAGAGAACUUCACACGUUAAAGUCUGGAUGACGUACGCCAAGUUCGAGUUGGCGAAUCCGGUCGUUGAGGAGGGGAUUGACAGUGUUAUUUUGGCCAGGAGGAUCUUCGAGAGGGGUAGCGCGGCCCUAAGAUCGAGUGGAGAGAAGCAGAGUAGAGCACUUCUCCUGGAAGCUUGGAAGACUUUCGAGGAAGAAAAAGGUGACGAGGAGACUCUCACCAAAAUUCUUGAGAAAAUGCCAAGGAGGGUCAAGAAGAGGAGACGAGUCAUGGGAGAGGAUGGUUCUGAGGACGGUUGGGAAGAAGUAUAUGACUUUAUUUUCCCCGAGGACGAAUCACAGAAACCCAAUCUCAAAAUUCUCGCUGCUGCUCUGCAGUGGCAGCUACAAAUGGCUGAGGACUCCAAGGGAAACAACGAGGAUAAUUAAACUCAAUCAAGGAAAAUUUACACUCAAUUUUUCAUCGAGGGGG